AUGUUCAUGCAGUUUCAAGGUGGCAGCAUUGGGCAUAAGGUAUCCAGGGAGUGGGAUUCAUUCUUACAAUCAGACUGUCAAACUGCUGAUGAGGAGGUCAGUGGCACAUGCAAAGAAGCUGAUACAGUACAAGGAGCCAAGGAGGACAACAAGAUGAGUGGAGAAGAGGAAGAUGAUGAUACAGACCUGGACAAGGAUGAGGGAAGCUCCAGCAAGCCUGAUGACAACAAAUCAGAUGAUAAUGACAGUGAAAUGGUGGCAGGCCUCAAUGAUAAUGAGAACUUGUAUGCCCAGGAGGGAUAUGGGAUGCUUUAG